GCCCAUCCCCCAACUUCCUAUAAGAUUGCAAGUUUUACACUUAAUGGCCCAUUCUAUAUUUGUCGCUACUGUCUGUGUUCUUAUUCUUUCGCAUUCGUUCAUAUCAGGAGUGAAAGCAACGACCUUCACCAUAGUAAACAAAUGCGAUUAUGUGGUAUGGCCUGGGAUCCUCUCAAACGCCGGUGUUCAAGAACUUCCCGAAACAGGUUUCAUCCUCCAAAGCGGAGAAAUCAAGACCAUUUCCGCACCCGCAUCAUGGGGAGGUCGCUUUUGGGGUAGGACCCAUUGCUUCCAGGAUUCUACCGGGAAAUUUUCUUGUCUCACCGGUGAUUGCGGCUCCGGGAAAGUGGAAUGUUCAGGGAACGGUGCAGCCCCGCCUGCAACGUUGGCUGAAUUCACUUUGGACGGUGCUGGUGGUCUCGAUUUUUUCGAUGUGAGUUUGGUCGACGGUUACAACAUCCCCAUGUUGGUGGUCCCCCAGGGUGGCACAGGUCAAAAUUGCACCAACACCGGCUGCGUCGGUGACAUUAAUGGCUCCUGCCCUUCGGAGCUGAAAGUAAUGAGCACCGACGGCAGAGAUGGCCUUGCUUGCAAGAGUGCCUGCGAGGCCUUCGGCGACCCUCAGUACUGUUGCAGCGGCGCGUAUGGUACACCCGAUACUUGCAAACCGUCUUCGUACUCGGAGGUGUUCAAGACAGCUUGCCCACGCGCAUACAGCUAUGCCUACGAUGAUAAAACCAGCACUUUCACAUGUGCGAAUGCAGAUUAUACAAUCACUUUCUGCCCUUCACCCAACACAAGCCAGAAAUCAUCACAAGGGCAGCAGAACACGGAAACCGCAACGCCUACUCUUAUCAACGGCACAGUGGUGUACGAAGGCGCAUUGGACGAAAGUGCGGCUGCAUCAACACCGACAACGUACACCCAUGUGUUGGGGAGCGUGGGGAUGACAAUGGCAAUUUGGUGGUCCUGGCAACUCUUCUAACUUGUCAUAAAUAGGGCCGUAUACUUACGGAAGUAAUUUAGAAUACAGGCAGAAUAGAGGAACGGUGGGGAUGGAGGCUGCUU